UGCACAGACAGUGCAAAAAGCAUCGCGUCAGCGCGAGCUUGUAUGUCACGGUGUUGCCGCGCGGAAACGCCGCAGAAUCGUUAAGCGAAAAGUACGUCUUCUCGAAAUUUAUGUUUUCCAGGUAAUUACGUUAGCGGUGUCUUGUUCUACGGAGGGAUAAGUGUGUGUUCUGAAGACGUGGACGAUAGGUGUUAUAGGAUAAGCAAUGAGGGCGUCCUUCUUGAUAAUCUUCGUUGCUGUGUGGACAUCUAGUGCUGCAACGGAUUCCACCACAGAUUUCUACUCAAGUACCCCAACCACGCCGUCACUCAAAGUCACCCCAAGUCACCCCACCAGUCCUAACCCACCGAUAACCUCCCCCACCGCCAGGGUCCACAACCCAAACUCUUGCACCACGGAACUCUCGGAUCUCGUUCGAGUCGUCAACAGUUCCUUGCUCGACCUCACGGACCAGUCUGUCCAGCCACCUUACAAGAAUCUUCCAGAAGCCCUCGGCGUAAAUAUUCACCGCAUGUACUUCCAGGGCCUCAGUCACCUCAACCUCGACAUACCCGUCGAGAGCGUCUGCAACACUGGCGACGCCGAGGUUUUCUUCAGACUGACCACGUCGCAAGAGCUGAAGAUCAUUUUCUCGGGCCAGUGCGCUCUGAAUUCCACGACGACCAUCCUCUCGCCCAGGGCCGUUAUUGAGGGGACUGUCACAAAAUUGAGCGCGAGGGCGUCGAAUGCUGGUAGCGGUUACAAGGUUGAAGUACAUGUAGUCAGCAACGAGCCGACCAUAAUCAGGCUUCCAGACGCGGAUGUCGAGAGUCAACGGUUGAUCGCGAAUGUCAAUGCCCUGAUACCGGACCUGGUCGGCAAAGCAUGGAGGAAUGCUGUGGAGACCAUGCUGGAGGAUAUAAUCGUCGACAUGUUGCGGUCCCAUGCGAGAUAGGUCUGUGUCUGUUGUGUAGGUGUAUGUAAUCAGCUGCUGUACUGAAGCACGCAGCUGUAUAGGACUCAUUGUGUGAGUCCGUGUGAGUCUCAGCUAGCAUUUUUUUCUUAAUGAACAUCACAUCCGUGUGAGUCACGGCGCCGGAAACGACAGCGAUGAUGAUGAUGAUGACGAUGGUGAUGAUUGUGGAGGCUAUUCCUUCCGACACGAUGUGAUUUAUUGAUGUGUUUGAUGAUUGAUCCCAGAUGUGAACGCAUGGCUGUGAGUGAAGGUAGUAUGGAAGAUUCGCUUGUUCUGCUUUGAGGACUUUCUUUUGCGUUCCUAAUUUUGCAGUUCGCUUUCAUGAAACAAUAAUAAAGACACGCUCUGUCAGCGUUGUGCUAUGGCGGGCAUAGUUGUGCAGCUAUCAAAGUCAUUGUUUCGUUUAUCCUGAAAGCCUCCCAUGUACAGUGUGGGGACAUUUAUGACUCCUGUGUCUGUCUACGCCUAGGGUUUGCGUGAAGACAGUGCUGCAUAUUAAACUGCUUGAUAUUGAUUUGAC